AUGGCAAUCUGUCCGAUAGCGAAGCUAAUAUCUUCAUUUAAAACCUAUAGUGUCUGGCGAAGCACACUUAUCCUCUCCUUUGUGUCUUGUUAUUUGAUGUGGGCAAUCGUUUUCAUGGCCCAGCUUCAUCCUCUCAUCGCGCCUAAGAGGGCUGAUAUCCGGCCUGACCGGGUACCAGAGUAA